AUGACUCACGUGAUUGUUCUAAUGCUGGUGUUCUGCGGGGUCAGUGGAUCUGCAACAACGGAAGCCCCCUUCUCACCAAACGAGCUGUCUGGAAACAUUACAAACGCCGCAGUACAGGGGUUUUCUGAAAACAUUACAAACGCAGUACCCUUUUACGAUCCCUUCCCAGUGAAUCAACAAGAUAUCGACAACUUCAGACAGCAGCUGAAUCAAGAGUCACUAAUCAGGCUGUCCCUAACAAAUCAGAUGUACUCACUGUUGAAGGACGUCAUUGUGAUGAAAAAACAAAUGGGACAGAUGGAUUCAAUCAUACAAGAGUUAGCACACCGCAAGAACUCAGACAAGGAAGCCGUCUUUUUUCAUGCCUCCAUUUCUAAGCAUCUUCAAUUUGAAAGAAAUACCCCCGUAAACAUUAUUUACGACACUGUAUUGUCCGAUUCACACAAAGCCUACAGUUUUCAGAGCGGAGUCUUCACAGCGCCAUCUAGUGGGCUAUACAUAUUUUCGUGGUCAUCGUUAGUGGAGGCACAGAAAAUCCUUAACACCGAACUUAUCGCAAACGGAUUAGUAAAAGGCCGUAGCAAUUGCUACAAUGAGGGGGGUCCUGGGUAUGAAAACUGUUCUGGUACUGUUCCCGUUAUCUUAAAAGCUGGAGAUACAGUUAACAUCAGAACCCAUAAAGGAAAUUAUGUAUAUGGAGAUGGCUGGUCCAGUUUCAAAGGCUGGAAAAACUAACCAUCGUACAGUGAUGAUCUGUUUUAUUACUGCUCGGAAAACAUGUUGAACUUUACUUUCUUUUAGGUUUAACAUUUCAUGUUUAUUAUAAACAAAUUUGAUAUUAUUUCGCCUAAUUACUGUUUUUUUCAAUUUCGGCUUCUUUAAGACUAAUAGUCAAUUUCAAGUAGUUUUCAUAGGUGAACAGUUUAUGCAUUUUCUGUUAUUUUAUAACUCAAGAUAUUUUAAUGUUUACG